AGUGCCUCUAUUGGAUAGGAGGAGUAUCGUAUUAGUACACAGGGAUAGUCUGUGGAUAGCUUUUUAUUUUACUUUAUUUGGGGGGUUACUGCAAGAAAAGAAAACUAAAGAAGCCAUAAACGGCCAUGGAUUAUUACUUUUUUCCUGUUGUUUUCUAGUGAUCUCGACUUAAUUUUCCUGUGUACUGGACAUCCAUCAUCCCGAAGUCAAUGUUGUUGUUUUUUUUUGUUUUGUUUUUUUUUUUUAAUGGGAUUUUGGUUAAAAGCCUGAAAUAUGGUCUUGGUUAACACAAGCUCAAAAUAUUUCCACGUUUUACUGUACGACAUAAAAUACAGUACACCAGGAAUACCCCACUCGUGUUUUUUAAAAGCUUUAAAGUGUACUUUAAAAGGAGGAUGCUAACACGUUGCUAAAUGGGAUUCCAGACGUUGUCGGGGACAUUAAACGUCAUCACGCCGAACAGGAAAAAACUGGUUCAGCAUUUAAGAAGAAGAUAGCUGUAUGGUCAUUGGAUGUAUGGAUGUAUGUUUACACUACAAAAGUCAUCAAGAUAAAUCUAAUGAUUUUGUGUCUAUUUCCGAGAAGGCUCUAGAGGUCUUUCCGCGUCGUGUUUUGCCAGUAUUUACACCUUGGUUUCCUUCUGGCACUGACAGAUCUUGUCCAAUCAAACCUAAAAAGGAUCCUCCAGUCAUUUCACUUAAUCAGCAGGAAAGUUCAGAAUUUUUGCCUCGACAACCAGAGUUUGUUUUUUCUUCAAGUCGCUGUACAGAUGAUCAAGAGAAAUUUGUGGAUACCAGUAAGAGGAGAUUGAUAUCAAUCCCAGCACCUGCUGAUGAACAGCCCAAGGCAGAUUUUGAGAAUGUGGCAAAGAGGUGUAAACGCUCGUGGAGUGUCUAUCCACCAAAAAAGAAAACACCUCAGAGAACACAAUACAUCUCCAGACAGUUCCAGAAAACUGUACAGAGAUAUGGACUUGACUUGCACCAGAGAGCAAAAUGGAUCAUUUCUGAACUGAACUGUGCACCGCAGAGCAUUGAGGAGGUUUGGUCCAAGCUCAACCAAGCUAUUAAGCAGUCCAGGCUUCCAACAUGCAAUGCCAAUUAUCAAAGAAACUUGAUCCAAAUCUGGGUGUACAGUGACAUAUCUUACUGUGAAUAUAUUGGAAAUUUCUUGCGAGAAAAUUUCCAGCUCUCAGGGGAGCUCACUUUAGCUGUCCAUAAACUAGGAGACAUCUUUAAAUUGUAACUAGUAGCAGGGCAGAAGAGGAUAUUAGUAUGUGGGUAUAAUGUGGUAAUCUGUAUUAGUUAAACAAUUGCAAUUAUGUUUUAGUGCAGGUGAUGACAUCAUUAAAACAUGAACUUCGUGUACAUCAAUUAAAAAACAAUGCAAGAAUGAGGGAGAACAAAUGAGGUAAAAUCAGUAGUUUGGUAUUUCUGCAAUGUUUUGAUGAAAACAAGCAAAAAAGGCAAAAAUAAAUAACAUCUUUUUUCCCCCAUUUUCUUUCUUUCUUUCUUUUUUUUCUUUUUUUUUUAAGAAGCCUACAAUGAAGGCUAUUAGCUUGAUCUACUGAAAGUGAGAUGAUAGGUUGUACAAUCAAUACAUCCCUUUUUAAAGCAUUUCUAAAUUUCUGGUUCUGGUGUGUUGUUUGUCUGCUCAUGAACUAAAACAUUUUCAAUAAAAAAGACAUUUUAUGGAA